AAUACAAGCAAGGAAGACAUAUGUAAAACCAGUGUAGACACAGAGCCAGAAACAUCGAAAGAGUGCGUUGAAGUAAAGUGGCAGAGGGCGAUUUUUCGUGGUGCUUAGUGUCGAAUCGAUCAAUUUGUGGAGCAUUUCGCUGGCGAGAAACAACAAAACAGUGCCGUGAAACACGCAUAACUGGCAUCAACACCACAGGACGGAACGAACGCAGCAGGCCGCAUAGGGCGACUUCACUAGCAAGAUGACGAAGGAUGGCCCACCACCGUAUGGGUUUGUGCCACCGCAAUCGGCACCCCCAAGCUAUGCGCAGGCUGUCGGAGGUGUUCCACCGUCCAGCCCGUUUACACCGCAACAACCGGUGCUGACCGGGGCACAGAUCGUCACCACUGUCGUGCCGAUCGGAGCACAGUCCACACACAUGAUCUGUCCUACCUGCCAUGCAGAAGUUAACACGCAGACAACGACGUCACCGGGUAUGAUCGCUUACGUUUCUGGCUUCCUGAUCGCAUUGUUCGGAUGUUUCUACGGAUGCUGCUUAAUACCGUGCUGCAUUGACGAAUGUAUGGAUGUGCACCAUACGUGUCCCCGUUGUAAAGCCUACCUGGGACGGCAUCGACGAUAAGCGACGAUAUCCAAAUUUUCAAUUUCGAAGUUCCAUCAAGAAUUUCGAAGUUUGACCAGUAGCAUUAGCUACGGCAGUACACACGCGUCGUGUAUUAUGAUGCGACGAGGUUCAGGUGGAGAAGCUGGGAGGAAUAUAGAGGGAAGAGAUUAGGAGGCCGAAGGUAGGGAGGAAACAGGAAACAUAGGGGAUGACGAAAUGAAGUGAGAUUGUACCGUAUGUGUGUGCUUAACAAUUCCAAGUCCAACAUGCUUCGAACAGACUAUUGGUGUUCUAUUGUGUUCUCGUACUGCAGCUAUCCGUGGCUGGUGCAUCCAGAAUUUUCACUCAGUAACAGCAACGGUUGGUUAAAGUCAGGAACAGCCGAACGAAUCAAUACUUAACGAGGUGGUGAUUAAAUCAUGCCCGAUUUUGUUCGAACAAGUCGAGAACGCUUUUUACGACUGUUCGUUGAUGCACUUCGAAAUUUUACAAUUGUAUGUGUGUAUGUAACGCAAAACCUUAGGAUGUGGUUAAUAUAUAUAACGUGUAAGGCAUGUUUGUUAAUUUUCCCAUCCACCUCUCAUCAAUAGUUGAAAUUUUGUUGACUAUCUACUACUGCUCGUUUCUCUACGUUUUUUACUGAUAUAAUUAAUAUGACAGGAGCGUCGUUAAAAAUCGAAAGGGUGGUUUGGUAAUUGGUUGUAGCCUAAAGCAAAUCCCGUUUUGUACGCAAACGUUGUCCACAUUAUCCUCAUAUACGGAGUACUAAUAUUGCAUUAUUUGUUUGAUUAUAAAUGCUAGAUAUGGAACGCGAUAGGGAUGUGCCAUGUACGUUGGCCAUGUUUGGUUGGAAAUGCUGCGAGAGAGAAAAGUCGUUGAAUGUUUGCUUUAUGUUGUUCUACGUUCAACUCAAUCCACAUAAGAAUCUCACGCUAGGACAAAACCCGUCUAAUAAACCGAAAUGAU